AUGGCUUCGAUAUACUACCUCAAUCAACCUCCCCAUCCGGCUUGGGAUUUCCUCUCCAGUCUCGAAGAUCACCCCUUCUUUGCUCCUUUUUUCCGCGGUCCGCUUCAUCAUCCUCUUCCUCACUUCCAUCCUUAUGGACAUCAUGGUCAUGGACCUGGUCACGGUCCUGGUCCCCGUCAUGAACGCUUCCAGGAACGCUCCGGGAAUGAGAAUGAGAACGUGAACGAGCAAGCUCCUCAUCGGGCAGCUGCCAGUCCUGGCAAUGAAGCACAGCAAGACGAUCCAUCUCAAAGCGAUAAUGCUGCUCGUCCGACUCGUAGUCUAGGCGAAAAUGCAAGAGAAACUUCUCCGGAUGGUUUCACUCAUGGCAGAAGCGGUUGGUGCCGUGGAGGUCGACAUGGUCAUCGUGGCUUUUUCCAUGGCCGUGAGCACCCCUUCGGAGGAUGUCCCGCCGGCUUUGGACCUGGACCUUGCCGCGGUCGCGGACGGGAUGGCCCUCACCACCACCGUGGCGGUGGCAGAGGUUGGGGGCAUCACCCGCGUGGUCCUUUUGGCGUGCCACCCCCCUUCAUCGAUGGCCAGUUUGAUUUGCACUCCUUCCUCGAACAACUCGGCUCCCAACUAGGUAUCGACCUCAACCAGAUGUGGAGAGGAUACAAUCAGAACGACCAAGUGGACUUCGUCCCUCGAGCAGACGUGUUCGACACCCCCGCGGAGUACCUGGUCCAUGUCUCCCUGCCGGGGGCGCAGAAGCAGGACAUCAGCAUCAAUUACGAUGUCGAAGACUCUGUCCUCCAUCUUGCUGGAGUGGUCCACCGACCUGGCAUCACUGAAGAGCUGAACGACGCCCUUGUUAUCGACGAGCGAUCUCGCGAAGUCGGUGUCUUCGAGCGCAACGUCAGGCUGGGCACCCGCAACGAACCCGCCAACGUGGACCCGGACAGGAUCUCGGCCAAACUCGCGGACGGCAUCCUGGUGGUGCGUCUGCCCAAGGUCCCCGUGGACCCUGAAUGGCGCAAAAAGAAAGUGUCUGUGGAGGCGCUGGACGAGAAGGACAACAAGCAGGCGACUGUAGAGGAUGAGCCAGAUGAGUCAGAUGCCAUGCACGUGGACAGCGAGACGGAAAAGGGCGAUUUUACCGAGGAUCACGAGACCAUGUUGGGUGAAAUCACUCCCACACAGACAUCAGAAGACGGAGAUUAUGACGAUGCCAAGGAAUACGUCAAAGUGGACGUUGAGUAG